GGCGAUGGAGGUUUGACGACCUAACCGUCCGUCAAUUAAACAUAACUUCUCUCUCUCGUCUUCGUCUUCUCCGGUAAUCGUCAUCGGGAGAAGGGAGUCGAAAUCGUUUUAUCUGAUUCGAGCGGGAGAUGUCUUACGCUUAUCUCUUUAAGUAUAUCAUCAUCGGAGACACAGGAGUUGGAAAAUCAUGUCUUCUGCUUCAGUUCACCGACAAGAGGUUCCAGCCGGUGCAUGACCUCACCAUCGGUGUUGAGUUUGGGGCAAGAAUGAUCACCAUCGACAACAAACCCAUUAAACUCCAGAUUUGGGACACGGCUGGUCAAGAGUCCUUCAGAUCUAUUACCAGAUCCUACUAUAGAGGCGCUGCUGGCGCAUUGCUUGUCUAUGAUAUCACCAGGAGGGAAACGUUUAAUCACCUGGCCAGCUGGCUAGAGGAUGCAAGGCAGCAUGCGAAUGCAAACAUGACAAUAAUGCUCAUUGGUAAUAAGUCUGAUCUCGCCCACAGAAGGGCAGUGAGCACGGAGGAAGGCGAACAGUUUGCAAAGGAACAUGGGCUAAUAUUCAUGGAGGCGUCUGCCAAAACUGCUCAGAAUGUCGAAGAGGCAUUCAUCAGGACAGCUGCAUCGAUAUACAAGAAGAUCCAAGAUGGUGUCUUUGAUGUGUCAAAUGAGUCCUAUGGAAUAAAAGUUGGAUAUGGAGGUAUUCCAGGGCCAUCUGGUGGAAGAGAUUUAUCAUCAUCGCACGGAGGAGGGUGCUGCAGCUGAGAUGUGGGAGCCGAAGAAGUUGUCUAUAUCAUCAGGGGCGACAUGUACAACCACCACACAUGAUAUUGCGAAAGAAUACACUAUAUUAUUUGUAAAUCGUUUUGGAGUUUGUUUUGGCUAUGCGAAGUAUGGUCGGAGACUGUCUUGUCAUGGAACUGGGAAGACAUUUGACAGAUACGGCUUGUAUGAUAAUUUUAUCAAAUUAUUGGUGCGUUUGGAUGCGAAAGCUUUGAGACAA